UAAAUCCUUCACAUCCCUCGAGUAAUCACAAGUCUGAAACCACCACCACCACCACCACUCUCGCUUCUCUCAGUCAUUUUACUCUGAGUCUGAUCUGAUGGACUCUCUCUCCAAGCUUGGUGAUGAUGAUGACCAUGACCAUUACCACGACCUUCUUUGGCCAUCAAUCUCAAAGCACUUUGUCUCCAUUUUUCUUGAUCUUGUGAGACUCUCCUUCCUUGCAACCCUUCUUGCACUUGAAACCCACUUUCUCCUCCAUAAAUGGGCACCCGUCUUCCAUUACCUCUUCUUCUCUUGCUUCGUCGCCUUCUUCACCCUCAAACGGUUCGUUUCCGGCCCCGACCAAGUCUACCUCGUGGACUUCUCGUGCCUGAAGCCUCCAAGCUCCUGCAAGGUCCCGUUCACUUCCUUCUUGGAACAUGCGUCGAUGAUCAACAUCUUCGACCGGGAGAGCAUCGACUUCAUGGCCAAGAUCCUCGCUUCCUCAGGCCAAAGCGAAGAGACGUACCUCCCUCCACAACUGCACUACAUUCCUCCCAAAACCGACUUCCAGGAUUCCAUCAAAGAAGUCCACAUGGUGCUCUUCCCGGUCUUGGACGACCUCCUGGAGAAAACCAACGUGCACGCUCGUGACAUCGACAUACUCAUAGUGAACUGCAGUGGCUUUUGCCCCUCGCCAUCUCUCUCGUCAAUCAUUGUCAACCGGUACUCCAUGAGGAGCGAUGUGAAGAGCUUCAACAUCUCGGGCAUGGGCUGUAGCGCCUCCGCUCUCGGUGUCGACAUGGCCAAGAGUCUCCUUAAAGUCCACAAGGACUCGUACGCCGUCGUCUUGAGCACCGAGAUCUUGUCGACCGGCUGGUACUCGGGCCGCGAGCGGCCCAAGUUGCUCCUCAACUGCCUCUUCCGCAUGGGAAGCGCUGCCAUCUUGCUCACCAACAAGCCGAAAGCCAAGAACGCCUCCAAGUACAAGCUCGUCCACUCUCUAAGGACCCAAAGAGCCUUCGAGGACAAAGCUUACUGUUCAGCGGUCCGCGAAGAGGACGCCGAUGGGAAACUCGGGGUCGUCUUCAAGCGGGACUUGUUGCAAGUCGCGGGAGAGACACUCCGGUCCAACAUGACGCUCCUUGGGUCGAGAGUCCUACCGUUCACGGAGAAAUUCUGGCACGGCCUCUCGGUCUUCCGGAAGAGGUUCAUCCACAAGUCGUGCGAGAUUUACGUGCCCAACUUCAAGACCGUGGUGCAACACUUUUGCUUGCCGACCUCGGGGCGGCCGGUGAUAAGGGAGAUCGCGAAGGGGCUGAAGCUAGGAGAGGUGGACAUGGAGGCUGCUCUGAUGACGCUGUACAGGUUUGGGAACCAAUCGUCGUCGUCGUUGUGGUACGAGCUGGCUUACAUGGAGGCCAAGCAGAGAGUGAAGAAAGGGGACAAGGUGUGGCAGCUCGGGAUGGGGAGCGGGCCCAAGUGCAUCAGCCUCAUCCUGGAAUGUGUUCGGCCGAUUCUCGGCGAGUCCGAGAAGGGUCCAUGGGCUUCCUGUAUUCAGGAAUACCCGGUCGCCAUCGAUGAAGUUGUCGUUACUUGACUGUCAACGUUCAAAUCAGUCGAGCACACUUUUAUUAAAUUGUCGGUCAUUUUCAGGGAGAUUUUCUCGACACUUUUUGGAAUUAAAGUCACGGACGAGGGUUUCCUUCUCACAUAAGAUCGAUUGUUUAACGAAUGAGUGUCCUGAUGGAACAUUUUAUUUCUGCAUAAGGUCCAUGUUGAUGAAGAUAAUGAAUGUUUGGUGACCGCAAGAGAGACCACAUUUCACUUUGUUACAA